GUCCGGGGGCGGGGCUUCGAGCGUGAAUCCGAGUUAGUGUUUAUUUGGAUAUUAAAAAAAAAAAUAAUAAUAAUUGCUUCUUAUUGAAAUCGCGCGUGCGGCAUACCGGUGUGUUCGGGGUUUGUUAAUCAAACACACACUUUAUCUGUGAAACAGAUUUUAGAAAGCGGUGCGUGUGUGUGUCGGGGGGAGGUGGUGUUAAAGCACAGCGCUGUUUCGAAGGUAAUCAAGAAAGAAAAGUGCCGCGCCCUGAUACUUCACUUCCUCCAUCCCAGGGUAGAAGAGUGUGUGCUUUGAUUGAUUGUAUCAGAGGAGAACCGUGUUCCCUGACGCUCCAUGCUUCUUACCACCGCUUUACUCAGCAUCCUUUUCACUUAAACUCCACCACCAGCCAAUCACACGCCAGCUUCCCUCCUCCAGCCCCGCCCCGCCCCGUGCUGUGGGACAGCGAGAUUCAACAUGGCCGCUGUCACCGUGGCAACAACAGCCUCUGCGAAGACAUGCAAUUUUUCAGUUGCGUAUUACUACAACAUGAGCGGGAAGGUGAUUUCAGAUGUUUGGCAACCAAAAGAUUACGCCGUGGUAAGUCUGGGACUGAUCGUGUGCUUCUUCGUCAUCGCCACUAACAUCCUGGUCAUGACUGCUAUCUUCAUCAAUCGACGCUUCCAUUACCCCAUCUACUACCUGCUGGGGAACCUGGCGGCAGCAGACCUGUUCGCUGGGAUUGCGUACUUACACCUGAUGUUCCACACUGGGCCCUGGACUGCUAAACUCUCAGUGUACCAGUGGUUCCUCAGACAGGGUCUGAUUGAUACGAGUCUGACUGCAUCGGUCAUUAACCUGAUGGCCAUCGCCCUCGAGAGACACCAGACUAUCUUCACCAUGCAGCUCCACAGUACCAUGACCAACAUGAGGGUCAUCCUGCUGAUUGUAGGCAUCUGGACCAUUGCUGUGCUCAUGGGUCUGAUCCCCAGCAUGGGCUGGAACUGCCUGUGCCACACCGACAACUGCUCCAAAAUGGCGCCCAUGUACAGCCGCAGCUACUUGGUGUUCUGGGCCGUGCUCAACCUGCUGUCCUUCAGCGUCAUGGUGCUGGUGUACACCCGUAUCUUCAUCUACGUCCGACACAAGAGCCAGCGCAUGAGUCAGCAUACGGUACAGAACAAACACAAAGAGACCGUGGAGAACCUGAUGAGGACCGUCUUUGUCAUUCUGGGGUGUUUCGUGGUGUGCUGGACUCCGGGUCUGGUGCUGCUCCUGCUGGACGGUGUGAAGUGUAACUGCGGCGUGCUGAAAGUGGAGAAGUUCUGUUUGGUCCUGGCCGAGUUAAAUUCCAUGAUGAACCCCAUCAUCUACUCGUACCGUGACCAGGACAUGCGGCGCACGUUUAAGCACAUCCUGUGCUGCCUGUGUCGCCGGGGCAGACAGACGGGAAACCGCGCAGACGUCCGCUUCAACACGCUCAACCAAGAGGUACUGACUGACUCCAACGGAUCCGAAAACACUCAGCACGCUGAGCUCAAAUCCAGCUCCAGACUGAAGGCCUCCAAACGCUAGUCACCUAGCUGUAGCAUCACAACGCAAAGAGAGCGUUAUAAAUGUAGCCGGAAUUUAGCGAUUAGCUGCACUUUCAUUACGGAAUCUCUCAUUAUUAUUAUUAUUUUAAAAUAUCAUUUUGGCCUAUUAAAGUUUUCUAAACAUCAUCCAAAUCACCGUUUCUAACAAUAAUGCGCUAAAUAACAGCGACGAUCCCCUCAGACUGAGCGUGUUCAGGGUACAGUUCAGCACCAGGCUAAAGUUUUCAGCAGGUUUUUAUUAUUUUUUAUUAUUUUCAUGAUUUCUGUACUGAUGCCAAAAAGCUGGAAUGCUGGUCAGUGCUGAUAUCAUACAUGCAUUAACCUUAUGGGAGCAAAACAUGAACAAAGUUAGCCAUGAUAGCUAUUUAGGCUGUGUUUGUUUGUUUGUUUGUUUGUUUGUUUGUGUUUGUUAAAGUACAUUAAAGUGACCUUCACUGCA